CGUGCAGAGAGGAAAGACGAACGCGAAGAUGAUCCUGUUUCGCAAAUUCAGAGUGUUGAUACUCAUGGUGUUUCUGGUCGCGUGCACCAUGCACAUCAUGAUAGACUUGCUGCCCAAGCUGGAGAAGCGGGCGGCGGGAGCGGACGGCGGGGACGGCGGCUGUCAGUGCGCGCAGCACCCGGGCGGGGAGGCGCAGGGCUGGGGGAAGCAGCGCGCGGAGGCGGGCUGGCCUAACAAGCACACGCUGAGGAUCCUGCAGGACUUCAGCAACGAGCCGAGCUCCAACCUCACGUCGCACUCCCUGGAGAAGAUCACGGCCGCCGGGGACAAGGCGGACUCGCCGCGGCGGCUGAGACCCGCGGCGGGGAAGGCGGAGGACCACAAGCCGCUCAUCGGAAACGCGAGCAGGGGGCGAGCGGUGGCAGCGCACGGUGCCUUCCGCCUGGCGUCUCUGUUUGAUCAUCCCCUGUACAAGGUUGACCUUCCUGCCCUAACGGACGACGAUACCUUAUUUAAUGUCAACACUGACAUCAGGUUUUAUCCCAGAGCCACAGGAAACCAAGGAUGGCACAACGAGGAGGGCAACGAGGAUGAAGACGAGUUUUCCCCCACCGCUGAGGUUACAGCAGAGUCUUACCCCAACUGGCUCCGCUUCCACAUUGGGAUAAACCGCUAUGAGUUGUACUCCAGACACAGUCCUGUGCUGGACGCUCUGCUCAAGGACCUGGUCACGCAGAGGAUCACCAGUGUGGCCAUGAAAUCAGGAGGCACCCAGCUGAAGCUGAUCAUGACUUUCCAGAACUAUGGACAGGCUUUGUUCAAGCCCAUGAAGCAGACCCGGGAGCAGGAAACACCUCCAGACUUCUUCUAUUUCUCUGACUUUGAGAGGCACAAUGCUGAGAUUGCUGCUUUUCACUUGGACAGGAUCCUGGACUUUAGGAGAGUGCCUCCCGUGGCGGGACGGCUGGUCAACAUGACAAAGGAGAUCAGAGAUGUGACACGCGAUAAGAAGCUGUGGAGGACCUUCUUCAUCUCACCAGCCAACAAUGUCUGCUUCUAUGGCGAGUGCUCAUACUACUGCUCCACUGAGCAUGCUCUGUGUGGGAAACCGGACCAGAUUGAAGGAUCACUGGCUGCCUUCCUGCCCGACCUGAACCUGGCCAAGCGCAAAACCUGGAGGAACCCCUGGAGACGCUCUUACCACAAGCGCAAGAAAGCAGAGUGGGAGGUGGAUCCAGAUUACUGCGAUGAGGUGAAACAGACACCCCCGUAUGACCGUGGCACUCGACUGCUAGACGUCAUGGAUAUGACUAUCUUUGACUUCUUAAUGGGUAAUAUGGAUCGUCAUCAUUAUGAAACUUUUGAGAAAUUUGGAAACGACACUUUCAUCAUUCACCUCGACAAUGGAAGAGGGUUUGGAAAACACUCACAUGACGAGCUGUCCAUCCUGGUGCCUCUGAGCCAGUGCUGCAGAGUGAGGAGGUCCACCUACCUGCGUCUCCAGUUGUUGGCAAAGGAGGAGUACCAGCUGAGUUCAAUGAUGGAGGAGUCUCUGCUGCGGGACCGCCUGUCCCCGAUUCUCAUCCGGCCUCAUCUUCAGGCCAUGGACCGCAGGCUCCGGCUGGUGCUGCAGGUCCUGGCAGGCUGCAUAGAGAAAGAAGGUCACGUUAAUGUCGUGGAGGAGGAUUUAGUCGGGGACACAGCCACCCACAGGGGACCGGGCCACAGGUAGUGAGGGCGAGGCUCGAGGGCGACAGAAACCAACACUGACCAAUACAAAUGGACCACAUCUGUGGCUGUUCGAUCAAUGGGAUAACAAUGAAGUUCCCGCCCUUGGUAUCAAGCUGAAUUCAGUGAAUUCCAAGACUUGCCAUCAUUGCCUCUAUGGAACCGACUCUUAAGCGUGUUUAUAUGGAAGAAACUGUCUGCAAAUACAACUAAAGACUGUACUCACACAGAAGUUUUGUAUUUUGUUUUCUCAGAUGUUGUAUAAGGCAUAAAGGAAGCACUGCUGUGUUCUGAUUUUGUCCUGUUUGUUCUGAAUAUGGAGGGUAUCAGUUUUUUUUUUGUUUUUUUUUUAUGUGUUUUAUUAUAUUAGUGCAUAACCAAAUCAGAAUCCACCCUGACUGGGCAGCAUAGGGUCAGACGAUAAGCUUUAUCAGUUAUCACAAUGUGUGUAUCGAUAUUUUCUCCUUUUGUAAAGUGUCAGGAUUCAAUGUUUUCGUUGAAUGUUUCGAAAGUGAAGUCAUUCUUGACACAAUGCAGUAACAGCCAGGUGAAUAUUAACCAUUUUCAAUGUGUUCUCUCUAUUUUUUUUUUUAUUAAAUCCUUUGUUUUUGUUUUUUUGCUUUUUGUCCUUGCACAGACAGUCCAAUCCCAAAUGUUUUCACAUGCUUUUAAACAGCAAGUGCAAAUGAUUCACACUGUAGUUAAACAGUACCUUCACUUUGCCUUAUUUCAACUUUUUUAAAUUCCUUCCCCAUGCCCUGAAGGCUGAGCUCACACUACAUGUAGUGCAUAACAACAACACAAAACUACUACCAAACCAAAAAUUCUGAAUGGAAUGCCUGGAAAAGUGUUUUUAUUUUAUAUGAACCAUUCAUCAAAUCAGGAUUUGAGACAUUUGUUGUUAUUUACUGUGACUCGUUUUCACAGUUAUUGUGUAGCAAAAUGUUGCAAUUUGUGUAUCGUUUCCUCUUCUGAGAUUUCAACACCAACUGACUAUUUAUUGCUGCAAAAAGUGAAAUGACGUUUUAUAACUUUUAUUAUUAUUUUCUUAUGUUACUUUAUUUGUUGAGAAAUGCUUCACUUGGCUUUUUUUCAAGCAUUUGGAUGCUAUAUAAUUUGGCAUUUGUUUGGGUUCUAUGUUUAUGUUCAGGCAAUUAAAAACACACUUAAACUGUUUGAUUUUCAAACAUUUGGAUGUUCAAGUGAUGUCAGUGUAAUUUUUGGUUUCCUCAUAAGAGUUCUGUGUAUUGGAUAUACCAGUACCUGUGCAAUGACAGGAAUAGAUUACUUGAAUGUUUUUGGGUUGGCAGUAUGGACUGGAUUCAUAACAGUACGAGUAGUGUAAAGCCUGAGUGGCUGGUCCUGAGUCUGGGAGGUGAUAUGAGAAUGGCAUUGGGGGUAAAAAUGCCUCAUCGAAUCACAGGGAUAAUUAUUGGUAAUGUUCCUUGACUUUCAUAUUUUCAAUGUAAAUAACUAUAAAUACUUUGAAGACCUAUCGAGCUGCACUGCACAGUGAUCUGCUUCUGUUUUCUGCUCUCGCAUUGUUACUGUGAAGAUCUGUUUACUAAAUGAUUAAAGUGUGCAAUAAAAACAAAAGUGAGGACAAA